ACAACCAAGCUAGUCGGUCGGACGGCGAAAGGAAUCCCAGGAUGACUCCUUGAGCGAUGAGGCGUAGCGGUAACGUCCUCGAGCUCUGCCUCCGAGCUUCGCUUGAAAGCCGGGAUGGUGAGAGGACAGGCCGCAGCCGUCAUGGGUGGAAGGAAGAGGGUUUCCCUCAUCCAGCAGGAGCGGCGAGCUUUCCUUUCCGGUGCCUCACGUAACGUCGUCGCGCGCUCGCCCGUCUCGCGCCGUUGCCUAGGAGACUGGAAGCGGAGGAGUAACGGCGCGACGGGGGCUACCGGCCUCAAGAUAAACGGCCGCGCGGGCUCCGGAGCCCGUGGUUUUUCAUGCAGCGAGAGCGUCGGCUCGGUCGGGGCGAGGGCCGGUUUUCUCAGCCUAGAUGUGGGUCGUCGCCUCGCCACCGAACAGCGAGAUAUCAGCAUCUGUGCAUCACCCCUACAAGUAGAAAACAGUAAGGCAAGUUUUCCUGCGUCAGGAAGCAAGAAGCUUUAUUUUGACACCCAUGCCCUUGUGUGCCUUAUGGAGGAAAACGGUUUCACCACUCUGCAAUCCGAGAUUAUCGUGUCUGCUUUAAUAAACACCAUGAAUGGCAAUAUGGCUGUGAUGUACAAGGACAUGGUCACCAAAGUACAACAGGAAAUAGCCCUUCAGCGGAUAAUGUCUCACAUUGGUGUUUUGAAAAAAGAUAUGAUCAUUUUGGAGAAGAGUGAAUUUUCUGCACUUCGGGCAGAAAAUGAGAAAAUAAAACUUGAACUUCAGCAGCUAAAAAAGCAAGUGAUGGAUGAUACUUCCAAAGUUCGUACGGACAGCAAGUUAGAUUUUAACCUAGAAAAGAGCAGAGUAAAAGAACUGUAUUCGCUGAACGAUAGAAAACUGUUGAAAAUGAGAACAGACAUUGUGGAAUUGCAUGCACAGCAGGACCGAGCGUUAACAAAUGCAGACAGGAAAAUAGAUACAGAGGUUGCGGGACUGAAAACAAUGCUUGAAUCACACAAACUUGACAACAUUAAAUAUUUAGCAGGUUCUGUAUUUACAUGUCUUACAGUAGUACUGGGAUUUUACCGUUUAUGGAUAUAACAAAACUAUUUUUUGAAAGGACUCAUAUUGCCUUACCUUAGAAGAAACAAAGAUGCAUUGCUGCCUAGCUGAAAUUUAGUCCUGACUUUGAACAGAGUCAUUGCCAUUUUAUUUGUUAAACUCUGGAAUGUAACCAAAGAAUGUGCCUGAAGACCGAUGACCCUUACUUGACCCCAUUCCUUCAGAGCUAGAAACUCCUACCUUAAAUCACAGUGUACAUAUUUCUUCUGCGUUCACAAAACAUGAUUUAAAGAUUUGUUAUUAUAUAUUGACAUACUGAUCGCUUUCAUUGUGUAUGGUGUUGUACAUUUCAAUCCAGUUAAUCAUGUUUUUAUGAGAAGGUGUUAUAGAAAGAUGAUGUAGAUAAGGAAAUGUCAGAUGAACUGUAAACUUGAAACUGCAUCUCAGCUGACACAUUAAUUCCAAAAAUGAGAGGGGAAAUGCUUAGUGAGAAGCACUAGCCUUUUGCAUAGACACUUUCCCCCACCUCUAGCCAAGCAAUUAAAGUUAAACCAAUAAGUUAAGAUCUAGUUCAAUCUAGCAGCAGAACAUCAGUGUAAUUUCAGGAGAAGUCUUGAAAUGAAAAUAUGUACUAAAGAGUACUUCUUAGCAGUGGCUGAUAUUGAAGAAUCAGGCUGAUACUAAGCUAAUUUAUGUAGAUAGUAGCUUGGCAGUAGGAUUGGAGACUACUGCUAGAAUAUCCUUCUAGGGAAGGAGGCCUAAAAUUAGUUCUUUUUAAAUCAAUUCCAUGUAAUCACCUAGAUUCAGAGACCUGUGCGUGACCUUCAUGAAUAGACUAGAUGCUUAAGUGGGAGCACUUAAGUCUUGGAAAGGAAUAUAUUUCCAUAUAUAAAGAAUGUGCAUACUAAUGUGCUUCUCCCACUGAUAUGGUCUGGAAAAUAAUUUUGAUGAUUUAGGAGCUUGUGACAAGUGUUUGGUGCCCUUUUUCAACCAUGCUGUUAAUGGCACUCUGCAGCAUACAUUGUUAUGUAUUUCGUUAUGCCCAUAUUAACCUGUUUUUCCUUCUUUCCCAUUUUUGAACUGUACAGUUAUAACAUCACUUCCUUAUCCCUUGCCCAGCAGUGUUUCAAGUGUUUAUGUGGCAGAAGGGUGGCUGGAUUGACGUAA